CGGCGCACGCGCAUCCACACUCAGUCCCUUCGCGGCGCAGCUCGCGACAACAUGCCUCCUCUGUGGAUCGUUCUUACAUUACUCCCCAUCCUCGGGGGAGCGGAAAGGUUCAACUGUCGGACUCGGAUACUAGGCGCAUACUACGCGGACGCAAAGUCAGGAUGCAAGGCGUUCCACGUGUGCGUCCGGGUAGCGGGCGGCGGCAUCAGAGACUUCAGGUUCUUCUGUCCUCCAGGAACUCUCUUCCACCAGGAAGCACAGACAUGCACCGACUGGGGGGACGACGACCCCCUGGCCUGUCCAGCCGAAAUCUACGACGGUCAGUUCGAUCUCUACAAGAUCGGAUCCGGGUUUGACACAAAGAAGCUGUCUGCCCCAAGCAACCGGGACGAAGAAACUGAAUUCGGUCUCCAACGCGCAGAGACCGGGGACCGCCGCCUCUCCCAGUCACAGAGCCAAUCCAACGGAGCAUCCGACCUACGAGCUGCACACUCUUCAGACUUCUUCAGCGGCCAACGCGAAAGAGGACGAGAUGAAUCUGUGCCAUCUCCACAGUCAACAUCGCGCCAGUCUUUUAGACGACCAACCAGUUCAAGACAGUACUCGUAUAGUUCAACGCAAUCCACAACCCAAUACACAACACCAUCUCCCUCGUCGUCACCGCAACCUUCGAGCCCCUCUCAGUAUGAAGGUACUAAACGCAAACUUGUCAGAAAGCGACCUAUUUAUGUGUCUACUCCGGCUCCGCCUUCAACAUUUGUCAACAGUCAAAAUACUCAAUCCACCCAGUCUUUUAGUGAACCGCAACAACAAAAGCAACAACAGCAAUCAUUUGAAAAAUAUUUUCAAGCAAAACAAAGAGUGCAAUCGGCACCUCAACAGCAACCAAAUCAACCUCAAACCUCACAACAGCAACAGCCACUAGAACAGCAGCAACAGUAUCAACGACCUCCGCAACAAAAACAAUAUCAACCUAAGCAACAGCCCCAACCACAGCAACAGCAACAACACCAACAAUAUCAACAACAACAACAGCAACAACAGCAAUACCAACCACAGCAGAAACAACAGCAUUACCGACCACAGCCACCUCCUCAACCACAACAAUAUGAAUCUCAAUCGCAGCAAACACCUCCUCAACAAUCACAACAGUAUCAAUCUCACCAACAACAAAAACCUCAGCAACAGUCUCAGCAAUAUCAACCUCAACAACAGCAACGCAACAACAAUAAUUACGAAAACAUCCAUAAUCGCUCACCCCAAAAUAGGGCACCACAAACUACACCAGAACCCUCAGUUCCCGUACAAUUUAAAGAAUAUAGAGAUGAAUAUGUGGAAGUACCACGUGUGACCCCAAAACAACGAUAUUUCCCAACUAAUCCUUCGCCAGCUCCAUUUUCUCAAACUACUCCUGCACUUCCCUUCAGCAAAAAAGAUGGGCUCGUUGAACUAUAUAACUAUGACUCACAAUCAACACCUGGAAUUAAUGAUAAUAGGCCUUUCAAAGUAAGAAACAGUUUUAGUGUAACGGACGUGCCGAGAGAUCCUGAUUUUGUUCGAACGAGGAAUAAUUUCAACACUAAUAAUGGCAGAACUAGUCCGACUACAUUAGAUUAUAGCGCUACUGCUACCGGGUCUACUACAAAUACUCCAGCUUUUAGAAACUAUAACAGCGUCUCUUAUGAAACUGAAAAGAAUAACUUUGUGUCUAUUGGAAAGCAGAAUUAUUUCAACAGUCCGUCUACCACACCAACUACAACUACGUAUUACACUACCACCCGAUCAGAACCACCAGCGAAUUUAAACACAGUUGCAUAUAAUACUAACAUUGGAUUUAAUGUGCCUUCUAACUUUGGAGAAAAUGAUGAGGAUGAUGGCCAAUACCGUCUAUCAGAAAAUGAAGACGACGGACAGUACAAACCCGAAUUGUAUGACCGUGAACUAUUAUCUGGGGCACAUUCUUUAAAUAUAGCUGCUAGUGGCAACAGAUUGCCCGAAGAUCAGAAGCCCCGUGGCAAGGCUCAAAUUUCAAACAAAUUGUCACAGACAGCAGCGCCAAGACCAUUCAGGCCCGCGCCUACCCCUACUUUGCCACCAACAACGCGAAACACUGAAUAUACUGAGCAGAGUUACUCAACUACAAAUAGACCACAAACAGCGAAUACACAGCGAACCUUCGACUACUACCAGACCUAUACGACAACAUCGAGACCAGUAGAGCCACCGCCACCUCUUCAUUUGUCGCACAACAACGCGCCUGCUAAGAAUGUUCAAGCGCGACCCAGCACUUCAGCCACGAAGACUCCAGAGCCGCGGCCGCCCCUGCUACCUACUGUUAAACCUAAGCAUGUAGCACCAUCACCGUCUCCCUCAUUUUCUAGACCCGCCAGUGAAAAAGAGGACAACAGCUACGACUAUGCUUAUUAUGACACAGAUCCCGGUUUCUCGGAAUAUGAUCGUAUAGAAGAGUUUGGUAAAACGCAUGCAAAAGCAUAAUUAAUAUCAUUGUUAAUUUAAUUCACUGCCAUUAAAUUAGUCGCCUCUUUGGAUAGAUAUAUUACUCAAGUAUCUUCAACUUUAUAUCUUAGUAUGUAUAUGUUUAUUUCUUAGGUUGAUCUAAUCAUUAAAAUAUCGCAGUAGUAAUUUAUCCAAUUUUCAGAUUUCGUAAUGUGUCCAUUCUCGCACAACUGGUACAACUAUAUUAAAUUAUCUGUUCUUAUAUAAGAUGCUAUAAAUCUUUUGUAAAUAUUUUUCGAUAAUCUAUAUGCCAUCUUAUUCUAGACUGAAAGAAACAAAUGCCAGUGCAACUUUUAUCUAAAGAGGCUUAUCCGUAGUUACCCUAAAUUAUUUGUGAUAUUAUUGUGCGUUAAUAAAUUUUGGUAUAAGUUAUUUCGAUGUGUUAAUUAGGGAAAGUUUCCUUUGACCAUUGUAAUAAUUUCAGGAAGCCGGUCAAACGAAACUUAAAAAGGUUGAGAGUGAGAUUGAGUUGCAUGUACCUAAAUCACGAUCCCUUACAAACAUUCCAAUACUCUGAAAGGAUAAUUUAUAGAAUUAUUAUUCUGUGUACAAUAGUUCGUAAGUUGUAAGUGUAGAUUGUAAAAUAUUGCAUUGUAAAUAAAGAUUUUAUAAAAACAA